AUGGAGUCUGAUGGCGACCAGAUUAUUGAAAACCUCAGAGAACUCUCGGGGCCAGCAUAUGCGAGCCACGAUGCUCAAUCACUUCUCAUACGUUCAUCUGCGCUUGUUUCAUGUCUCAAAUCUCUGAACCGUGCUGCCAACACCGCUACCAGGACAAAAAAGGAUGAAACCACUGCUGCUCGGCACGAGAUGGACCAAUCUCACCUGGGGCUCCAGAAUUUGUUGUAUGAGAAGCGCCACCUAGAGAGAGAAAUUGAGAAAUGUCGCCAGUUCGCCUCUGUGUAUCAGGAUAUCCCGCUCUACACGAUGGAGGAAUUUCAACAGUCGGCUCCAGAAGCGGCUAGAACUUCUGAGGUCCUUGAGGAUGAGCACCAAUUAAUGUUAAAUCGUCUCAGUUUUGAACUUGCAGAACGUCAACGCCUUGAUCUCAAAAGACGUGAACUGCUUCAGGCAAAGGAAGAAUUACUAAAGCAAUCUCGGACGAAUACAAACACCUUGGACAGUGUGAAAUCGCAUAUUGACGCGCUCGUGAAAACUGCCUCGGAAAUACAGAAAAAGGUCGAUGAGCUUGUGCAACCACUACCUGUACCAGAAACCUCGACAGCAAUGGCCACCGACUGA